ACACGUAUCAACCGACCCAUAUGCCGGUACACCCACCGCCACAGAAACGACCCGGCUUUCUCUCUAUAUAAACCCCCAACCCUCAUCAUGAUUUCUUGACAUAUACACUUUCUUUCAUCUUUCUUCGUUCUUGGUUAGGAAGAAAAGUCGGCGAUUUCAGCGAAUCAUCUUCAUUCAAACAAAGUUCAUGGUUGAUAUAGGAGUACAUAUCCCAUCUGCUUUCGAUCCAUUUGCUGAAGUUGAUCAAGAUUCUGGUGGUGGUGCUGGGAUUAAGGAGUAUGUUCAUAUCCGCAUACAACAAAGAAAUGGUAGAAAAAGCUUGACGACUGUUCAGGGCCUAAAGAAGGAGCUGAGUUACGAGAAAAUUCUGAAAGAUCUAAAGAAAGAAUUCUGCUGCAAUGGCACUGUUGUGCAAGAUAAAGAACUGGGCAAAGUGAUCCAACUACAAGGUGAUCAACGCAAGAACGUGUCUGCGUUCUUGACUCGUGCUGGUAUUGUGAAGAAGGAUCAGAUUAAGAUUCAUGGUUUUUGAAACCACUGUUUCUGCUAUUACUCAAAAUUUGGUUUUUAGGUUUUAAUAAUUAUAGAUAUAGUUUCUUAGUUAUUAUGCUUAUUUGGAUUUGUUGAAUUCUGUUUUAUGUUAAGUGUGUUAUCCAAUUAUGGAUGUUAUGUGUACCUGGAUUACGUUCACCAGUUUGCUUGGUCAUGAUAGAAUAAAAGUUUCAAGUGUGCUAAAUA